CUGUCUUUAGUGGCUCACGUUCAAGCAGGAGAACAACAAUUUGGAUUAGAACACUUGAAACUUUUCAAUGACAUUAAUUAUCUGUAUUAUGAUGCCUACACUUCAACUUCGACUUUGGACAAGUUCUACGUAUUUUUAGCGGAUGGCCGUUUGCACUCAUUUACAUUUGAUGGACAAUCCUUUCAAUCAAAAUUGGUUGAGGGUGAGUUUAAACAUUAUUUGGCUUCGGGUGAUUCUGCUGACCGUUAUCCUUGUACUCUUUCGUUUGCAAAUGAAAAAUUUGCGUUUAUUUCUAAUGGAACUGGAAUUCUUUCAAUGUAUUACACUGGUGAACAGAGGUCUGAUUGUCGCUGGACAGAGGUUUUGAGUUUGGAAGUUGAAGUUUCUGGAGAAAAAACUGGCCCAUUUAUCAUCAUGGAAAGUCGCUGUUAUGGUGAAGAUCGUAUCGAAGUAUUGCUGCGAAAUAUAACUUCACAAAAAAAUUCGGUUCCGAACGAAUCGAAUCGUCUGUUCUGGAACAAGUUGAACUGGAUUUCUUUUAAAAAUGUUUUUAUUGCUUUCAAUUCUAGUAUAAAGUUUGGCAUAACAGGCAGUGGAACAUGGCGUGUUGACAAAGUGAAUGAAGUGGUUUGCAAAGGUCAUCUUGAUAUGGCUACGUUUGACUUCAGUGGAGAAGAGAUUAUUGUGAUUGGUAAUGAAAACACUGCGUUCUCCCCUAAUUCUGGCACCGACUCAGUAAAAAUGGAAUUGGAGACUCCAGAUACUUCUCUAAAAAUCGGUCAAGAGCAAACAGUAGAUAGCGAAAAGAAGGAUGCCGCAUACAUUUGGAGUCAGACUUCUGAAGACGUUACUGUCCUUUUUAAAUUCCCUGAAAAGAUUGUAAAAGAUGACAUUUCCUUAACUCUUGAUGCUACAUCUAUUCACCUUGUUCAUAAGGGCAGCGACUUGUUAAACGGCAAACUGGGAGGCGUUGUGGACAUCUCUUCAUCAACUUUUACCACUGAUGGGGGCAAAUUGGAAUUGACUUUGUUCAAAAAUGAGCUGUGUGGUUGGACAGAAAUAGUAAUUGGUGAUGAACGAGGUGUUAUGGAAUGCGAUCGCGAUGCAAUGAACGCAGCAUAUGCUCAUUUGGAACAGUUUACGUCUGAUUUCUCGGGUCUAGAAGCUUCUGAUGCUAGCAUGGUAUUUAAUAGUGGUCAACUUGAAGAGUGCGAUAUGAAUGGCGAUGAUAUUUCAAAAAUACUAUGGAUUUCUCGGAAAACUCAUGCCGUGAAACAUACAAGCGAUAUUAGUGGAAAUCCAGUUCUGUUUACGUUGUCGGUGCCAAGAGAGCCAAGAAUGUUUUGCAUCAGGAUGGAUGUCGAUGGGAUUUUAUGGUCUUUCAGCAAUCAGGAUAAUGAACCUGUUUUUCAUAAAGCCACAUUCAAUGCUCUUGGCUAUGUCCAGGCCUCAAAAUCCCAGAAGAAAUUUAGCACAUGUUCACCUGACUUUGUUUACUCAGCUAUAGUUGAAGAUAAGAGACGCGCUUUCAUUUAUUGGCAGUCUACACCUCUUGAUUCAGACUUGCGCAACCGUCAUACCGGACGACGUGUAGCUGGGUUGUCAAAACAAUACUUGAUUUCUGUAUCAAAUAGAGGAGAUUUUGGAGAAGUCGAGGCUAUUCCUGAUAAUAUUGUUGGUGUUUAUGCUGGAAAAAAUAUAUUUUUUCUUCUCACCACUUGUCAACUUUUUGCAGUUACAUUUAAUUAG